UUUGAUAAGAAGAAGAAUCAGAAUGUAGGCAAGAAAUAUUGUUGCAUAGUGGAUACAAUACAAUGUGACCCACAUGCGAAGAAUAAAGAAACUCUUAUUAUUGAGAGUGUGUUGAAUGAGGAGAGGGAGAGGUAAGAAUAAGAAUGGCAGCAGCUUUUGUAUUAACUGUGUCACAAGACGGAACAGGACAGUACCGGACGGUGCAGGAGGCCAUAGACGCUGUGCCGCUCGGCAACACUCGCCGGACGCUCAUUCGGGUGUCGCCGGGAACCUACCGGCAGCCCCUCCACGUGGCAAAGACUAAGAACUUCAUCACCCUCCUUGGCCUUCGCCCUGAGGACACUCUUCUCACUUGGAACAACACUGCCACCAAUAUCCAUCACCAUAAGGAUGCUAAGGUGAUAGGGACUGGGACCUUUGGUUGUGGCAGCAUCAUUGUGGAAGGGGGGGACUUUAUUGCUGAGAAUAUUACCUUUGAGAAUUCUUCCCCUGAGGGUUCAGGGCAAGCAGUGGCAGUUAGAGUAACAGCAGAUCGUUGUGCUUUCUAUAAUUGCAGGUUCCUUGGAUGGCAGGACACUCUGUAUUUACAUUAUGGGAAACAAUAUUUGAGAGAUUGUUAUAUUGAAGGAAGUGUGGACUUCAUUUUUGGUAAUAGCACUGCACUCUUGGAACAUUGUCACAUCCAUUGCAAGUCUGCAGGGUUCAUAACUGCACAGAGCAGAAACUCUCCACAGGAAACAACUGGUUAUGUAUUCCUGAGAUGUGUUAUCACAGGUAAUGGGGGAACUUCAUAUGCAUAUCUGGGACGACCAUGGAGACCUUUUGCAAGAGUGGUCUUUGCAUUCACUUAUAUGGAUCACUGUAUAAAGCCUGUUGGGUGGAAUAAUUGGGGGAAAGUUGAGAAUGAAAGAACUGCUUGCUUCUAUGAAUACAGGUGUUUUGGAGGAGGUUUCUGUCCAUCCCAACGAGUAAAAUGGGCAAGAGAAUUAAGGGAUGAAGGAGCUGAGCAGUUUCUGAUGCAUAGCUUUAUUGACCCUGAAUCAGAGAGACCUUGGCUUGCUCAAAGAAUGGCCUUAAGGAUUCCAUAUUCUGCUUAGAAACACCUCAUUGUUCAUCAUAAUAUUGCUCCACUGUUUCAUGUCAUGUCUAUCCAAAUAAGAAACAAAUUGUGUUUCCAAGAAGUUUAAGUCAACAAAUAUUUAACACACUUUAUUAAAAGCAUAAGUCUUAAAUGAUUGUUACGUUUUUAAUGUAAUCAAAUUUUCUUUCAUUUGAAUGUUU